AUGAAAAAAAAGCCAGUGGUUUUUAAGGAUUUGAGAAGAAUUUGGGAGUGUUGUGAUCCUAAUCUUCCAUGGGAGAAAGGAUACUACAAUGAAUCCAACACAUUACUGUUGGAUGAUUCUCCUUACAAAGCAUUACUUAAUCCUCCGCACAACUCG